GUCAGAUUCUCCCUUAGCUUGUAAGGUGGAGCUCCUUCCUGAUACAUCGUUACAUACCUAGGUUAGGUACAUACAUACAUUCGCAUCGUACAAUACCUAUGAACCUUGAAGGAGGGGUCGCUGCUUCGUAUUAGCCUACCAGCCCUACCUAUUCGAUAUCUUCUUGAUAGGGCCAGUAUCAAUCAACAAAUCCCUACGUACAUACCGCACAGUUCGCAACCUCGCAUUAUACACCUCGAUACCGAAAGCACUUCAUCAAUCAUGGACCGAGACGCAAUUAUUGCCGCUUCUUCGAAGCAUGAUAUAGUCCCUGGGAAGGUGUACACGUAUGGUACUGCGGGUUUCCGUAUGAAUGCCGACCUCCUAGAUGGCGUUACCUUUAGGGUUGGACUAUUAUCAGCUCUCCGAAGCCGCAAACUAAACGGACAGACAAUCGGCGUUAUGAUCACCGCUAGUCACAAUCCGGCAGUGGAUAAUGGUGUCAAGAUUGUUGAUCCCAUGGGAGACAUGCUUGAGCAAGAAUGGGAAGCCUACGCCACGAAUCUCGUCAACGCCCCGAGCCACGAAGAGCUCGUCGAUUACUUCUACAAGCUUGCCGAUUCUCUCAAGAUCGACUUGACAUCCUCCGGAAAAGUUAUCGCCGGUCGAGAUACCCGUCCCUCUGGCAAAACACUUGUCACAGCUCUUGCUGAUGCUUUGGCCGCUACGAAUACAACCUUCACCGACUUCAAGAUCCUCACAACCCCCCAGCUACAUUACCUGACCCGUUGCAUCAACACCGCCGGUACCCCUGGAUCUUACGGAGAGAUCAGCGAGGCUGGCUAUUACAACAAGCUUGUUGAGGCCUUUUACCGCGCUCUGCAUGGACGCAAAAUCUCUGGGAAGUUGUUUGUCGAUUGUGCCAACGGUGUUGGUGGCCCGAAGCUUAGUGAGCUUCUCAAGCAACACGACUCUUCCAAGACUGGACUAGACGUCAAGGUCUGCAACGACGACGUCUUGCGCCCUGAAGUCUUGAACCUUGACUGUGGUGCGGAUUUCGUGAAAACCAGACAACGUGCACCUGCAAACCCCAAGCCUGCCCCCGGCGAGAGAUGGUGCUCACUGGACGGUGACGCCGACCGCCUCAUGUAUUACUGGAUCGACCCAGACACUGGAUUCUUCAUGCUGGAUGGCGAUCGUAUUGCCACCCUGGCCGCAUCUUUCAUUGCGGAUCUUAUCCGCACUGCCGGUUUAGAAGGCCGACUUCGCAUUGGGCUCAUUCAGACUGCUUACGCAAACGGUUCGAGCACCAAAUAUGUCGAGCAGCACUUGCAGAUCCCUGUAGUGUGCACGCCCACAGGUGUCAAGCAUCUUCACCAUGCCGCGUGUUCGUACGAUAUUGGUGUAUAUUUUGAGGCCAACGGCCAUGGUACGGUGCUAUUCUCCCAAGAUGCCCUCCAGACCUUCAAGACUACGGAACCUCAAUCACCAGCGCAAAAGGAUGCUCUUGACACCCUAAGCGCAUUGGGAGACUUGAUCAACCAAACUGUUGGAGAUGCGAUAUCAGACAUGCUUAUGGUUGAGGUCAUCCUAGCCCAUAAGGGAUGGACGCUGAGGGACUGGGCUAUGACGUAUCAAGACCUCCCUAACCGUCUUGUUCGUGUGGAAGUCGGUAACAAGGAUCUGUUCCGGACCACUGACGCUGAACGCAAACUCAGCCACCCGCUACACUGCCAAGACGAGAUUGAUACAGUCGUGAAGAAGUAUACCAACGCUCGUUCCUUUGCUAGGGCCAGUGGAACAGAAAACGCCUGCCGGGUGUAUGCAGAAGCAGCUACAAGAUCUGAGGCAGACGAGCUGGCGAACAAGGUCGCCGCCAUCGUGAAGGCAUACGGAGGUUAACAUGGUCAGCCGGUUUCUGACAAUGUCGAUGAAGGUAUGGUGUGGUGGAUUUACUGUAGACAAUUCAGGAGCCUCCAUAAAAAGAAGAAAAUUGGUGAUGGCGUGGUUUGGGAAACGAGUCCCUACGAAUUAUGAACAUAACAUAGCUGAUGAAAAUAGCUGAACACUGAAUUCACGAUAUUUUUUUCUGUGCUAG